AUGGCAGCCAAAGCAGAUGCAUCGAUACCUGACGAAAUACAAUGGAACUCCAUGGAACACGUCAUGCAGUUCGGGGGCAUCCAUGACAACACCAUCCUGUACUACUUUGCCGCCUCGCCCUUCUUCGAUCCCACAUCCAACAAUGCCGUCGUCUUCAGUCAAGCUGUGCGCAACCAGUCGCAGCUGCACAUCAUAGCAACCAGGCAAGCCUUCGAGGCUCGACUUCGUGAAAUGUCUGGUCUCGAAUACAUUGUCGCCCAAGAACCUGCCGAGACUGGGCCAGGCAUGGGAACUGGCGUCUGGGUCAUCCGCAAGCAGACGCGGAGGAAGGUUAAGGACUCUAAUGGAUUCCCGGCACCAGACGAGAUAGAAGUCCACUCUGACUAUUUUGUUGUGGGCGAGAAUAUCUAUAUGGCGCCCAGCCUGGCUAAUAUCCUCAGUUCCCGCAUUGCCUCGAUUGCAUCAUCCAUUACCAAGACAUUCCCCAUUGCCGAUUCGAUAAAAAAGUGGUCACCGGCCCUGGGUCAUGGCUACAAAACCCCAGCGACAAAUUCACUAAAUGCUCGGCCACGGGGAACCGGUAUCGAAUCAAAGGAGGCCACGCCGAUGCCCGAGAGCCAGGCCAGUAGUACUCUGGCCACCGCGAAGAGCGUGGACAGGUCAGCGCCAGACGAGAAGCUUGCUGAGGAGUCCUUUGCGAUUCAUACCCAUUACGGGACUGAAUACAUGGAUGAGAACCCCAUCACGGGCAAGCCGGGUGAUUUCCAUUUCACGUCGACUGGUCGCAAGGAAAGGCUCAAUGUACCUGGCCAGCAGCAGGGGAAGGCAAUCGGGAGUGGGCCCGAUACCUCUCUACCUAUACUGAAGACAUUGCCAGACAACAGUCCCCUCAGUAAAGAUGCCAAGAGCGAGAAAACGGGCAAAACUGGUGGUCCGCCCAAGCCCAAAAGACGUAAAAGCAAAGGAGGACCCAACACCCCGUCUUAA